CCCAUUUUUCAUACUUCCUCUUCUUGUAUUGUUUUCUUGUCUUAGCCUUGCUACUACUAAUCAACUCUAUACUGAUGAGUUUCCACUUCUUGCUUUUAAAUCCCUCAUCACUUCAGAUCCUUCCAAUAUAUUGAAAAAAAAUUGGACCGCCGGAACCUCUGUUUGUACAUGGUUCGGAGUUACUUGUGAUUCACCUCAUAAUAGGGUGACUCAUUUGGAUCUCUCGGAUAUGGGACUCGGAGGUAGCAUUCCACCAGAAAUUGGAAAUCUUUCUUUUCUUGUUUCUCUAAAUUUAAGUGGAAACUCUCUUCAUGGUUACCUGCCAAAGGAGGUUUGCAGCUACAACAACCUUCCAAGACUCAAAGAACUUCAGCUAUCCAAUAAUAGUUUGGAGGGAGAGAUACCACUGAGUUUGGGUGAAUGUCCACAGCUUGAGAUUCUUGCCUUGUCAUACAACAACUUUGUGGGACAUGUGCCUGUACAAAUUGGGAACAUUACAAGCCUUAAGAGAUUACGCAUUUAUGACAACAAUCUAAAAGGUACUAUUCCCAAAGAGAUUGGUCUUUUGAAUAAAUUGGAGUUGAUGCGUUUGGGCUUUAACGAACUCAGUGGAGCAAUCCCAAACGAAGUUGGGAACAUGACAAGCCUUUCUGACUUAUCGCUAUCGAAUAAUUCUUUAAGUGGUCCAAUACCAUCAACCAUUGGAAAUCUAUCAAAUCUGAAGCACUUGGUUCUUCGUUUCAACAAAUUAAAUGGUCCAAUUCCAUCUGCAAUCGGAAAUCUUCUGAUUUUGGAGUCCUUAUAUCUCUCUUCCAACAAAUUAAGUGGUGAGCUCCCAUACUCCAUCUGCAAGUUGUCACACCUUUCUUAUCUUCUUCUCUCAAAUAAUACUCUGGAAGGAAGACUGCCACGAUGCUUCGGAAACUUCAGUGGAUCUUUGACCAUCUUUCAUUUAAACGAGAAUCAAUUUAGUGGCAUCAUUCCAUCAACCUUUUCUAAAAAUUGUAGUCUUUUGUCAAUCAAUUUGGGUAGUAACAAAUUCCACGGACAAUUACCUAAAUCCUUAAUUAAUUGCCGAAGUCUAAGGGGUCUCGACAUUGGAAAUAAUAAAAUACAAGACAAAUUUCCUUUUUGGAUGGAAGGCCUACCUGAACUUCGAGUGUUAGUGUUGAGGUCUAACAAGUUUGGUGGUAAUAUGUCGCUUCCUUCACGAACCAAGUUUCUAUUUCCAAGGUUGCAAGUUUUCGAUGUGUCUCAUAAUGAAUUUCAGGGCACUCUACCUCAAAGAUUUUUCAACAAUUUCAAAGCAAUGAUUGAGCCGGUAGAAAUUGAAAAUGAUUACUUUCUAGAUGACUUGGAGAUGAGGCUCUUCUUGAAAGGCCAGGAUCAAUUAAUUAAGAGACUAUUGGAAACAUUCACAGUAAUUGACUUAUCCUACAAUAAAUUUAAUGGAACUAUUCCACCUUCCAUAGGAAAUCUCAAGAUUCUCAAAUACUUGAACUUGUCCCACAAGUGA